AUGCCUACACAGCCUCUGGACCCGGAGCACAAUUUCUCCACGGCAGCAGCGCAUAUCCGCGACGCAGCAGCCCAAGGGGCCUCUCUGGCCGUCUUGCCCGAGUACCAUCUUUUCGGCUGGGCCCCAGAAGACCCUCAAUUCAACGUCAUAGCCCAGACCGCAUACCAAUAUGUAGGCAAAUACCAGGAUCUGGCCAAAGAACUGAAAAUCAACAUCGUUCCUGGCACCAUUGUGACGGUCGAUCCAAACUCGAAGAAGACAGCUAGCUCAGAGUCUCCUGCUCUUCUUCACAACAUUGCCUAUUUCAUCGCCUACACGGGCGAGAUCCUGGGCAGCUACUCGAAAGCCAACCUGUGGCUUCCCGAGCGCGCCGUCUUGAUCUCAGGACCCGACUCUAGAAGAGCGGCGGCAAGCCAGAAUGGCGAUGACAAGAGCCACGAUCAUGCGCCCGCCCCGGUCUCCGGCGAAGGGCCACCGCCACCGCAUUCGGUGAUUGAGACACCCCUGGGUCCUGUCGGCAUUGUCAUCUGCUGGGACAUCGCAUUCCCUGAAGCUUUCCGCACACUAGUCCGACAGGGCGCACGGCUGAUCAUCGUCCCCACCUUCUGGACGACGGAUGAUCUGAGUUCAGAGGCGCGCAAGUACGGUCCGGAUGUGGAUAUCACUUUCUUAAAGUCGGCGCUUAUUACCCGUGCCUUUGAGAAUACGUGCGCCAUUAUCUUCUGUAACGUUGGAGGCCCGGCGGAGGAAGGAUACUCCGGAUUGAGUCGGGUGGUUCUGCCCUUGGUGGGCAACGUCGAGGGCGGUUUUGAGGAUGCCCAACCGGGGAUGAAGAUCGUCGAAGUCGAUAUGAGGACUGUGGAUGUUGCGGAGGAGAAUUACAAGAUCAGAGAGGAUCUAGCGAGGAAGGACUGGCAUUAUGGGUACAAUCUUGAGAAGUAG